AGCAUUUCAAUUUGAAGCAACGGCUUACAGCGCUAGCCUCAACGCGCGGGCCCUUCUCGCCUACGUCCGACGACGGGGCCAGCGCAUCUGUGCCGCAGCGACGGUCGUUCAUCCCCCCUAUCCCCCGGAGAAGAAACACGUACGAUGGGCAGACCAUGGGCUUUUCCGAGGACAAACUGCAAGAAAUCUUGAGCAAGGUCAUCUUCCAGGCUGGUGUGGACUAUGAAACACGACCAAUGGUCGUGAUGAGUGCAUCUGCCCUUCCGGAUCCUAAAGAGGUGGAUUACGAUCUGCUAUUAAGCCGGAUUAUGGCCUAUCUGGACCUCUAUGUGGAGUCUGAUUACACAGUUGUCUUCUUUGCUGCGGGGGGACGCCAUAGGCCUGGGUGGGACUGGGUGUGGAAGGCAUAUAGGAGCCUGAGCAGGAAGUAUCGCAAGAACCUGAAGCGUCUGCUCAUUGUACACUCCAACUUCUUUACAAAGAUGUUGUUCUCGCUGGCGGGAGCGAUCAUCAGCCCCAAGUUCUUUCGCAAGAUCACGUAUGUCAACACGCUCAGCGAGCUUGCGUUCCAGAUCCCCAUCACCCAAAUUGACAUACCUCCUGCCGUUUACCAAGAAAAUCUGAAGCACGAGCAACAGAUUCGCAUGCCUGUGCCGCAAAGGGCAGAUCUAUUCGGUGUUCCGCUCGAGGACCUCAUGGGGUUCGAUGGUGAGAAAGGCGGGAUACCGAGAGUGGUGAAAGAUUGCAUAGAGUACCUUCGGGAGACAGGCCUCCAGGACGAAGGCCUGUUUCGACGAUCACCAAGCUCGGCGGUGCUCAAGCAAGUUCAACAAGCAUACGACCGAGGACACGUCGUCUCGCUGAGCAACUUCGGCGACCCACACCUCGCGGCAGUGCUGCUUAAGAAGUACCUGCGUGACUUACCAGAACCCGUCUUCCCUGAGAGCCUGUAUCCUACCAUUACACAAUGCCCGACACCAUCAGUAGACCUGACAGACAUGGCAGCAGUCAUUCAUGUACGUGAAAUCCUGCUGCCGCAGCUGCCCCCCUGCGCACAAAUCCUCUUGAACCACGUCAUUCACUUAUUACACGAGGUCUCGAUGCGGGCCGAGCAUAACCGCAUGAAUGCGUUCAAUCUCGCCCUCGUCAUCUCGCCUAAUCUCCUCAAGGGCAAGAACCCGAUGCUAGACAUCAGUCUUUGCCAAAUCCCGGACGGCCAGUCGCCGGCUCCUUCAAACCGACCCUUCCCGAACUCUGAGGGCAAGACCACCCUCGGCCAGGUCGUCCAACUCUGUAUCGAGCGUUACUACGAGAUUUUCGAUGACGUUCGGGACCGCGCGGAGGCCUUGCCAGCCGGAGAACAGGAUGCACACGAGGUGAUCAUCGGAGAUUCCUCCUCGCGUGACAUCGCACUCUCGCCCUCGUUUCAGUCGUCGCAGUCGUACAAGCGCGACAGCAUGAUUGACGACGACGAGGACAUCGACGACGCGAUGCUCGUCAUGCCGCUCGGCCCCAGCGCGAACGCGCGCACGCAGCAGCAGCAGGCACAGGCGCCCGCACAGUACGCCGCGUCUCCGCCAAGCGCUUGGAUGCCCGCCAGCCAGGCAAUGCCCUACAGCACGUACAAGCCGCGGCAGCGCAAGCAGCCGAACGUGCCGAGCGUGCACACCGCCGCCUCGGGCAACGGGCACGCCACGGUCGGACGCUCGGCGCGCUCCCUGAUCAGCAUCGAGAAGGCGGGCGCGGGCUCGCGGAAGAGCUCGAUCGCGAUCGGGAGGGGCACGACGAAGAAGAGCAGCGGUUCGGGUGUCGAGGCCAUGGGCAUCACUGCGAGUGGUUUCUUCUCGCCACCGCCGAGUGCGCCGCCUGUGCCGAGCCUGCCCGAGCGGAGGCAGUAGGGGUUUGGUUAAAUUUGAGGUGGUGUUCGUGCUGUUCCGCUUAUGCUGCUCGGGGACUUGUGUAUAUAUAAAAUCAUCUAUUUUACGCUGGCGUAGAGUGUAUUCAAAUGGUGUUUUUGCCGAAC